AUGGAAAAACAAGCCCAGGGCCGACGUAAUAUCUGCGAACAGCAGGAGCAACACUGGCUGAAACUUAGUACCAUGGGGUUCAAACGUGUGGAGAAGGUAGACGGAAAGCAGUCCAACGAGGAACAACAUGACCUUAUACUGGGCGAAAUCAUAUUACCAGAUGUUGUGGGGAACAAACUGACCAUAGGUGACCAUAGAUUUUGCAUGUCACCUGACCAAAGCAGUCAGGUUCUGCAACCGCAGAUAAGGGAUGAAAGGAGUGCUGAAUUAAACGUAUGGACCGCCACAUUGAAUUCACUCUCACUUCUCCGCAAAGCGUUCAUAGGCGAACCAUACCUGUGGCCAUAUAUAGGCUCUCCUGUUGGGUCGUAUGAUAAGAACGAUAAAUCAAAAUUCCGUGACUCGUUUGCUAUGAACAGCGGUGAACAGAAAUACUACACGGUCUAA